GAAGGGGCUCGCGGCCAUUGCUCACCUUCCCCAUUCCCCAUUCCCUCAGAGAGAGAGAGAGAGAGAUUGGAGUUGCAGGCGAAGACGACGGUCCGGUAUCUAUAAUGGCAGCGGCGGCAUCUUCUUCUCUUGGAAACCUCAAUGCUUCUUCUUCCCAGUGGCUGGGAAGGAGGCCGAUCAACCGCACGGCCGUCCUGCCGACCCGCCGGCUCUCGCUGUCCGUCAGGGCCGCCACUGGGGCCUACACCGAGGAGCUCGUCAAAACCGCCAAAACCAUUGCCUCUUCUGGUCGUGGUAUUCUUGCUAUAGAUGAGUCGAACGCCACUUGUGGGAAACGGCUUUCUUCAAUUGGUCUGGAGAACAAUGAAACCAACCGCCAAGCUUAUAGGCAGCUCCUUCUUACAACCCCUGGGCUUGGGGAAUACAUUUCUGGUGCAAUUCUUUUUGAGGAGACUCUGUAUCAGUCAACAACAGAUGGAAAGAAGUUCGUUGAUUGCUUGCAUGAUGAGAAAAUUGUACCGGGAAUUAAAGUGGAUAAGGGCUUGGUUCCUCUGCCAGGAUCCAACAAUGAGUCAUGGUGCCAAGGUUUGGAUGGGUUGGCUUCAAGGUCUGCCGAGUAUUACAAGCAGGGAGCUCGUUUUGCGAAAUGGCGUACAGUUGUUAGCAUUCCUUGUGGCCCAUCUGCCUUGGCUGUCAAGGAAGCAGCAUGGGGACUUGCUCGUUAUGCCGCAAUUUCUCAGGACAACGGUCUUGUGCCAAUUGUGGAACCUGAGAUUCUUCUUGAUGGAGACCACUCAAUUGACAGAACUCUUGAAGUAGCAGAGAAGGUCUGGGCUGAGGUUUUCUACUACCUAGCAGAGAACAAUGUCGUGUUUGAAGGAAUUCUUUUGAAGCCUAGCAUGGUAUGUCCUGGAGCUGAACAGAAAGAAAAGGCAUCCCCAGAAACGAUUGCCAAGUACACACUAAAGAUGCUCAACAGGAGGGUACCCCCAGCUGUUCCUGGAAUUAUGUUCUUGUCUGGAGGCCAAUCUGAGGUGGAAGCAACCCUUAACUUGAAUGCAAUGAACCAAUCCCCCAACCCCUGGCAUGUUUCAUUCUCAUACGCACGUGCUCUGCAAAAUUCAGUCCUGAAGACAUGGAAGGGCCGUCCUGAAAACGUGGAGGCAGCACAGAAGGCACUGUUGGUGCGUGCCAAGGCUAACUCUCUGGCACAGCGUGGUCUCUACACAGGCGAGGGUGAGAGUGAAGAAGCUAAGAAGGGAAUGUUUGUUAAGGGUUACACAUACUAAGCUGGUUAUGACUAUGAUCAGCACCAACACAAUAAGUAUCCCAAUCUCCUGGAGGUCUGACUUCCUCCAGUUCUGGUUGUCAUUUCUCUAUUUUGUCCAAGCUUUAGGCAGUUUUUCUAUGCUAGGAUCUUAGGUUCAAAGGGUGUCGAAAGCUGAUUUUUUUUUUAAAUAAAGGGAGCUUCUAAGGGACUCCUGGCGAUUUUGGAAGGCAUUGCUGCUCCGACCGUCUGUAUGGUUCAUGACUGGCGAACAAGCAUGAAGCAAUGAAAAGCUAUUAAAUAUUCCAUA